AUGGCGCUGAGGCAGUCUUGCAAGCUGUCAACGAGUGUAUGCUCGCAGCGACGUGCCGGGUCCCGCUUUCUCACCUGUCAAGCGGUGUCGCUCACGUUGGAGCUGCUGGCUGGCCUGCUCUGCUACCGCACAAGGCCCCAGAUUGUCUUCUCAACGGUUGCCAAGUGCGUCACCUGCCUGGAAGCAUUCCCUGAGCCCGAGAGGCAACUUCCGUGGUACUCCAAGGCACGAAGGAUGGUGAUGUACCUCCUCCACCAGGUGACGGUCAUGUCGGUGCAGCUGCGGCAGGUUAGCUUCUUGACCAAGCAGCUGGAGCAGGAUUUGCCAGAGCGGUAUGCAGCGAAUCCGCUGGCAGAAUCCACAGAAGUCGCACAAGUCCAGAAACUCUUGCUGGAUCAGGCUAUCGAGUUGGCACUACUUGGCGGCCAACAGUGGCAGUAUGCGGAAAAGAAAGCUACAGACUCCUCAGACAAGGACGUGCUGCUCAAGUUGCUGAAGGACCUUUCCGAGAAGAGCUACGUGUCCCUGGCGAAGGAAGCAUCUGCUCUUGCUCUGCGAGAGGAGCCGGAGAGGCCCUUGUUUGCUUUGUCGCUGCUGCGGUCCGUGGCCUCGCGAGGGGACCCGCAGGAGCUGUCAGACAGUCUUUCAACCGUCCUCUCGAAGCACCGCUGCUGCCAGGCAUUGGACGACCGGCUGAGCAAACGUCAGGAGGAAUACAAGAAGUAUGGGUUCUUACUGCGAGCGUUGCCCCCUUCACGGUUAAGCUUUCCCGAAGAGGUGGAGGAGGAAGAAGCGCCUGCCGCUGCUCCAGUCGACGAUGAGGCCACGCUGAAACCCGCUGAGGAUGAGCCUCCGGAGGUGCCCCCACUCCGGCUGGAAGAGAUACUGGACAGUGAGUUCUUGUCGCAGCUGGAACUGAGCCAUGCCGCGGCUCUCAUGCAAGAACUGUCUGGCAUCCAGCGGAAGCGUCAUGACAUCUCGAGGUUCAGGUUCUUCGAUCUCCAGCAGGUGGCGGUGCCUCUGCUGUCUCCAGAUGGCGCCACGUUAGGCGUCUACGAAGAAAUCGAGGAGCCUCCACCGGUGGAUGAAGCGGAGACGGGAGCAGAAGAAAUAGAGCUGACCGACUGGCAGAAAGAGGAGGCUGCUGAAAAGGAGGCGCAAACUCGGUCCUUCUCUGUUCUUCAGGAUCUCCUGAGAGCCUUGGCACGUGCAGCUGGCUAUGCCGCUGCACGGAACGCAGAUCAGCUGCUUCUGGCUUCCUUGGCGACGGCUCUGAAUGCACUCCUUCUUGUCGCGCCAGCUCCUGAAGCUUGUGUCCCAAUGGGCCCAAAGUCGAAUCCGAUGGACAUCGAUCCUGACCACCACGUAGGAGCCGAGGAAGCUGCGCCGGAGGAUGCCAAGGAGGCAGAGCAAGCCGAGGAGCCGGCGACAGAUGUGUGGUUGAGCCUUGCAGUCAUGGCGGAGCUUGCGGUGAAUGCCAUGCUGCGACUGAAGGGCAAGUGGGCUGCAGCAGAUCCGAUGAAAGCGGGCCAGGAUAGCCUGGCAAUCCAGAAAAAGCUUGACGAGUUGGUUGAGGAGGACAGGGCUGCCAUGGUGGCCAAGAUUGCUGUCAAAGAGCUGCAGGAUGUGGACGAAGAGCUACACGAUGUGUGGUUUGAGAAAGUGCCAGAGUUGGACAUUGCAAGCGUAGCCAAGCUGGUGGCAUUUUCCGUGCUCUGCCUUUAUCAUAUGAGGAGGUGGAGCAACAUCAUCGUUCUCUGUCGCGGCUUCAAUGAUGCCACCUGCUCGGUGUACGCGACAACAUUCCUGCCGCUCAUGAUUGGAGCGCAGAAAGAGAUCUGCAACUUGUCCAGUCGGGCUCUUGCGAAUUCUCAGCGCUAUUUAGCGGAGUCGAAGGCAACUUUCGAGGUGGAGCAGAAGAAGUUGCCUCGAAAGCUGCUACGCCAGCUGGCGCUUCAGGGCGAACUCAGUCAACCCGAGCAGCUCUUCCGAAAGAGGGCGGAGUACUACGAUGCGUUCACGAAGCGGCAGAAGAAGCUGCACGGAUCAUGGUCGUCCCUGCUCAAAGCUCUCGAGGACUCGCAUAACCUGGCAUCCCGUGCUGUGCCUGCAGCCAUGGAGCAGCUUCGGAGGAGUCGCUUGCUCCUCGCAGACUUCUUGCAGGAUCGGGAGGCGUUCAGUCUGGCUGUUCAGCGAGGGCAGCUAGUUGACGGCGAAAAGGAGAUGAAAGAGAGGCCGCUCAGGCUCGCAGCUUCGGCAUUGGUGUCCUCCUACCGCAAGGCAGUGGAGCUGCUCCGCAAGCGGCAGAUGAACGACCAGGUGGUUCAGGCGCUUCAUGAACUGGGGAACUUGCUCUGGCUCGAGGGCGACUCAAGCGGCGCCCGGGAUGCUUGGAGCGACGCAGUGGACACGGUCUUCCAGUUCCCCUUCGCCAUCAGAAACUGGAGCAAGUGCAUCGAAGCCAGUCUCAAUCCGCCUCAGGAUUGUGCUCGGGUGGAGAUCCUCCUCCUCACGGUCGUCAUUCUCUCGAAGCAUGCCCGGCUUACAAAGCCCAAGGAUGUGACAGCUCACCUCAAUGCCGCGCUCUUCGCCUCCAACAUCAUCGAGGCCAUCCUUACAACGGCAUUGCCAAAUCCACCGCGGCGAGAUCAGUAUGCACUUGGCAGGCAUCGCUUGCGCGAGAUUUUCUUUGGUCUCCGUGAGACCAGGAUGAUACUUCCGCCGAGCAGUGUCCAUGGUGGUGUCGAUGGCGCAAACUUCCUUGGUGCGCUGGACUUCUUCCAAAACACACUUCUGGUGACGGACUACCAACCUGCACGCUGCCUGCCUAUUUGCACGCUGUACAACUACCUCGCCACUGACGUGUUCAGGAACAUGGCACUUGCAAUGAAGGGACGGCUGAUGGCGGCUCAAGCGCUGAUCCGCUGCUGUUCUCUGACAGAGGCAUGGCUGGCUCUACAUGCCGUGUCACGUGGCUAUGACAAGCCACGGGGUCUCAUUGCCAGCGAGGCCUUGGACAUUGCGGUUGCCGAAGCUCAGGAGAUAACGGCCGCGCAGCCAUUCCGGUGCUUCGAGGAGCCUUCCUCUGCUUCCAACGUCCAGGCUAUCAAUCAGCUGAUGGAGCUGACUCUGACGCCGGUGGGAGCCGGAGCAGCGGAUCCCGAGGCUACGACGCCAUCCGGAACCGCGGCGUACAAUCUCCGCCUCUUCAAGCAUCUCAAGGCAGAGUUUCUCGUCACUGUGUGCUCUUACCAGCGAGUCUUCCCCAAACUCAAUGAACCGCAGGAGAAGGACCGCACGGCCCUGCUUGACAAAGCAGAUGCACUGCUGGUGGAGAUCUGGAAGGAAAUCACAGGAAACGACGACGACAGAGAAGCCUGGUCAACCGCAAGCCGCGCCUCCCGCGAGUCUGGCGGGGAGGAGCCGACCUUCUUGGAGCCCGUGAGGCCGCUUUCGGAAGAAGAAGGGGAACUCUGCGCGGAAGUACGCCUCAUGCGAGCAAAGGUGCAAGAAGGCAAGGGUGACCUUGGCAAGGCGAUCCAGGAGGUGUUAUAUGGAAUGGAGUUUCUUCGGCGACUCGCCGCAUCCGGAACAAAAUCUAGCCAGGACUGCAACCUCGGAGCCGCAAGCUCCAGCAGGCUGAGGGCCCAUCCCGGCUCCAAGUGCUGGAUGCGCCUUCGAUCCUACAUGGCAAACCUGUUGGUGAGUCAGGGCCGACUCAAGGCGGCCGCAGCCCACAUUCAGCAGGGCCUGGAGGAGAGCCGAGUCACCCAGCACGACGUGGCACGCGUGGAGCUGCUCAUGACGAAAGUGAAGAUGGAGGUCCUAUCCGGCAGGCUACUGGAGCUUCAGGGCGAGCGCCAUUUGGGAGCCAUCCCGGCGGCAGAAUGCUGCUUAGCAGUAGCCGCAAGGAACCUGCCUGUGCCAACUCCGAGCGCCGUGUAUGCACGCAUGAUGCUUUUCAACAUGCUGCAGCAGAAUCCAAGCUUGGUGCCGCUGAAGCGCACGGAGGACACCGCUGAAGCAAUGGAAGCAACCGGCGGAGCCGAAGAGGAGGAGUUGGAUCCGAGCGAGAUGCUGCUUCUGGAAGCUGCAGGGUCGAUCAUCAUCUCGCCCAUCGCCAAGCAGUUGCAGAAAUCGGGGAGCAAGAAGGGCGAAAGGAAGAUGACGUUUCAUGAGAUGCGGACUAUGCUGGCAGAUAUGGUUGCGGAAUGCCUCAGCGAUGUGGAGAAGCUUCUGGAGGUACAGGGGGUGCAGCGAGCACACCUGCACCCACGCAACGUGAACAGCUUCUGCGACUUUGGCCCGGACAAUUGCGGCGAGGAGGCAUUUAAGCCACCACCGGAUCCGCCGUUGCUCCCAGAGAUCAAACCACGCUUCCGCGAGCUGUCUCACAACGACUCGCGAGAGCCGCCCAAUAUCUACUUGCAGCUGAUGCCACUCCGGCUGCAUUGCCAGCUGGUUUUGGCCUCCCUUCGCUUGGAGUUGGGCGAGAUGCAGGAGGCCUUCCAGUUGUUGCAGGAUGCAGAACUCUGUAUGACAAGGUGCGUCUAUCUGGUGCCGUGGAACUAUGUGCAGUUCUGCAAGCUGAAGCUGAGGUGGAGGAAGCUGACGUAUCGCCUGGGUUUGGCGACAACGUCCUGUCCACUGGAUGCUCCAAACGCAGUUCUGUAUCGCGACCCAAAGACGAUUGCGACCGGCAUUUGUCCAGCAACGGACUCCCCUCUUUACCGGACGUUCAUGGAGAGGGUCAAAGCGCCUCAGACUGUGGUUCUCUCAGAGUGGGUGCCUCCCUACGAGCGGCAGCCAGAGGAGGGCCUUCAAAUGUACAUGCAGGAGUUCAUGGGCGUGGCAAAGUUGGUGCUGAAGGAAGGUGGCAACGAUCUUCAACAGCUCUUGGAGCUUUUGGAUGAGGGCCUGGAGGAGGUCUUGCGAGUAGAGGCGCAGCUACUACGGGAGCCCGAGCGGACGCCGGACUACCGGCGCAUUUACCCCUUCUUUUCAUGCUUCUCUUCCAUUGCAAGAAGUCGCAAGGCUUUGCUUUUCCCAGGCAAGGACGCUCCGAAGGGAGCCGCCGGACCUCCGCCCGUGGAUCUGGAGAAGCUGCCCUUGAGAAUCGGGCUGGACCUACAGCGACAUCUGCAGCGCCAGGCAGCAGAGGGCGCAGUGGCAUACGGCAGUGCCGCUUUGGAAGCUGCCAAGAAACAGAUUCUGUACAGAUCCUUGAUCAGGCACACCAUGGCCUUGCGCCGCGAGUGCGACCUGUUCGGGGGCUUGUUCAUGGACAUGAGACUCCUCACCGACCAGCUGCAUAUAGCACUUUCGCAGUGCUGUGAGGCGUAUUUCAAAGCACGGGUGUUAGACGAGAGCACCUUGCAGCUGCUGGAGUCUCCAUCAGAGGUCCCUGUUGGUGGCACAAUUUUUGUGCGCUGGUCGCAGCCAGAGCUCCAGGCGACGGCUGCUGCUGGCGAGCCAUCGCAGUCAGGGCCGCCCCCCUCUGAGUGUUUGUCUCUGCUUGCCUUUGCUUGCGCCUUCGACGCAGAAGGAAGUGAACCUGCCAACAGUCAACCACUAGUGGCACGUUCGAAGACCGUGCAUUUGGCGACGGUGCAGCAGCUGUGUGACCGGCUUGCGCAAGACCUGGAGCACUGCAGGCCAGCGGUGGCUGUCGCCUCGAAGUACCUGGAGCACCAGCUCCGCGAGGUCGCCCGCGUUCUGCGCGGUCAAGUUGCGACCGAUCCCGAAGAAGCCGAUGCAAGGCUGGAUGAUUCGCUGCAAGAGCUGCUCAAGGAGAUGGCGGCAGAGGGGGAGCCCGAGGGGCAAGUCCCAGCCUUGCUGAAGUCCGAGCCAGUGCAGGCGAUCCUUGAGGUCAUGAUCCAGCUGCUGGAUGCAAAUGCAGGCGCCGCCCAGGUGACGCAUCUCAGCUUGGCACGCUUCCUGAGGGCAACUUUGAAUUCCGGCGAUUUGUUUUCAGCCAAGUAG